UGAAAAGAAUGCUGGAGUGAGAAACCUGGAAACCCUCAGUUCCCAGACCCUUCCUUAAUUCUAGAAUAUAUUGAGAUUAUUCUUUGGUUUUAUUUUUUUUAUUUUUUUGUAUUUUUUUUCAAGUUUAUAUCUUUAUGGUUAAUGGGUAUCCAUCAAUCAUCAGAAAUUCAUAAACAAAUGAUUGAUAAAAGAUAUUUUUUUACAAACUUGGAUUGUUCUUUCUUGUUUUCAGUAAUAUUCUUUAGUUGUUGUUGGGCUUGCUUUAUUUUCUGGCCACUGCCCACAAGCAUAGAUUCUUUCUAUGUUGCAAAUCCAGAGCCACCUCUCCCCAUCUGGGUGACUUAGGAAUGGAUGAAUGUGCUCUGCUCUGCUUGGAUUCUCUCUGCUCAUAAAAAGAUUUCCUGCUUUUGUCCUUGUCUUUACCUCUCCUUUUCAUUGAUGCCCCCUCCCUUUUUGAGUUUCUAGGCGGUUUUAGGCGCGUACCUUCUCUCAACCCUUUACAAUAGGCGGGCUGUUUAGCUGCGGGAUUAAUAGAAACGCCAAGAUGAGCUAUGCACAAUCUAAUAUCAGUUCUGGCAGUAGAACUGCUAGGAGGACAUUUGAUUUUGGAAGGACCCACGUGGUGAGGCCCAAAGGGAAACAUCAGGCAACAAUAGUCUGGUUACACGGACUCAGUGAUAAUGGCUUAAGCUCAUCUCAGCUCUUGGAAACUCUUCCUCUUCCAAAUAUUAAAUGGAUAUGUCCAACUGCUCCUACCCGUCCUGUAGCAGUACUUGGUGGUUUUCCAUGCACUGCUUGGUUUGAUGUUGGAGAGCUUUCUGAAGAUGGUCCAGAUGAUUGGGAGGGUUUAGAUGCUUCAGCUGCGCAUAUUGCAAACUUGUUGUCAACUGAACCACCUGAUGUUAAAGUUGGGAUAGGAGGCUUCAGUAUGGGGGCUGCCAUGGCCCUUUAUUCUGCAACUUGUUAUGCCAUGGGGAGAUACGGAAAUGGUAAUCUCUACCCUGUCAAUUUAAGGGCCGUCAUUGGAUUAAGUGGAUGGCUUCCAGGAUCAAGGAGCUUGAAGAACAAAAUAGAAGGGUCGAAUGAGGCUACAAGGCGUGCUUCAUCAUUGCCAAUUUUGCUCUAUCAUGGAAGCUGCGAUGAUGUAGUCCCUUACAAGUAUGGAGAGAAAUCUGCCCACUGUUUGACUUCAGCAGGAUUUCGAUAUGUUACACUGAAAACCCUAGAUGGGCUUGGUCAUUAUACAGUCCCUAAAGAAAUGGAUGAGGUCUGCAAUUGGCUUAUAGCAAGGCUGGGGCUUGAAGGGUCCCGUUAAUUUUUUUAUAGGGUUUGUAGUUGAAGCUAAUGAGAGGAAGUGAUAGAUAACAAUAAUGGGUGAAAAUCUCAAUGUACAACUAGGCAGUAUAGAGUGGGGCAUGGGCUAUAAUAUGGUAUAGAUAAAAUUAACCUUCCUAAUUGCUUUUUUCUUUUUUUCUUUUUUUUUCUUCUUCCUCGUCCAUCCUAAAAUAAAGUUUUGGAUGUGUUUGGUGUUUCAUUUCACUUGUAGAAGAAAUUAGAUGGUAAUUAUGAAUCCAGUUAACGUUAUGCUC